CUAACUUUGCAUUAUGUCAUUUGAAGUGAGCAGUUUUUCUAAACUUCCACUUUGUCCAAACAACAGGGUUGUACGGUCCUUAUGUUGUGGAGAAGCAGUGAAUUACGUGAGUGUGCCAUGUGAACAUGAUGAAACGGUACCGCUUCAGCAAAGUUCACCCAGGGUCACCUGCAAUGAACCACUACUUUGGAAUGAGAGGCGACUCGAUGUCCCAUGUAACGCAACAGCAUUCAGCAGACCGCUCACCGGAGACCGACCAGGAAACCUUCCACCCUCAGUAGAGACGGAACACCAGAGGAUCGGAUUCACCUCAGAACCAACGAACAACUUCCUGAGUGAGUUCAACUGCUGGAGAGAAAAGAGGGAAACUACCACGCGUCUGCUUCCUCCUGUGACGGUCCACACACUGCAGCGUCACUCCGAGACAACAUGGCUUCCAGGCUGCAGGAGGAUCUCUGCUGCUCGGUCUGGAGGGAAGUCUUUAGAGAUCCUGUUGUUCUGUCCUGUAGCCACAGCUUCUGUAAAGACUGUCUGCAGAGCUGGUGGAAGAUCUUCAAGUCGGAUCCACCUCGGAACCUGGCGUUGAAGAACCUCAGAGUCCUUCUUACUGGAGAGGAACCAGAGAGCUCCAGAGACUCUCUGCACUCUGAGAAACUCAAACUGUUCUGUCUGGACCACCAGCAGCCGAUGUGCCUCGUCUGCAGAGACUCCGAGGAACACACCGACCACGGCAUCAGACCCAUCGAUGAAGCUGCUCUACAACUCGCGAAGAAACUCCGGGAAACUCUGGGGCCCUUAAAGGAGAAGAUGAAGGUGUCUAAACGAGUUAAACAGGAGUUUGAUCAAACGGCAGAACACAUGAGGGUCCAGGCCCGACGCACAGAGAGGCAGAUUAAGGAUCAGUUUAAGAAGCUCCACCAGUUUCUAGAGGAGGAAGAGGAGGCCAGGAUGGCUGCACUGAGGGAGGAAGAGGAGCAGAAGACCCAGAUGAUCAAGGAGAAGAUGGAGGCUCUGAGCAGAGAGAUAGAAGCUCUUUCCGACACAGAGGACGUCUCGUUCAUCAACAACUACGAGGCUGCAGAGGAACGAGUCCAGCAGCGCCCCCUGCUGGAGGACCCACAGCUGGGACGUGGCUGUAGGAGGCAUGAAGUCUGGAGGCUGGGCGUGUUCCCGGAGUCCGUCCACAGGAAGGGAGACGUACGAGGGGAGUGAUGAGGAUCUGGUUCUAUGAAGGAACAUCCUCGUCCCGCUCAGCUUGUGGUCGAGUCGCGGUCCUCCCGCUGCAGGAGGAGGAGCGAGAACACGAAGAGAACACGAGGAGAACACGAAGAGAACAC